AUGGCGGGGGCGCUGUCGGUGCGCACGACGAUGACGACAACCCAGCUGCUAGCAGCAGUCCUGUCCCUCUGCGUCGUCGUCUCCCUCUCCCUCCGCGGCGCCGACGCCGCGCGGGGCACCCCCGGCGACAGCCCGAUCGUCGCCACCUGCCUGACGGGCCCGUACCCGGAGCUGUGCGUGGGCGAGCUGGGCCAGCGGCUGCUGGACGUCCAGACGGUCAUCGCGUCCGCGGCGCCCAACCAGGGCGCGGCCAAGAUCGCCGGCGCCCCGGGGCAGGUGGACGUCAAGGCGCUGGUGUCCGUGGCGCUGGAGGCGGCCUCGGAGGCGGGCACCAUCUUGGUGUCCAUCUUCGAGGGCAAGCUCCCGGGGUUCAACACCGGCGUGCCGGACUUCAAAAAAUGCCUCGGCAACUGCACCGUCACCAUGAAAAGCGCCAUGCAGAAGCUCCACGGCGCGAAGGCCGCGCUGCACGCGGGCGACAAGCAGGUGGCCAAGACGCUCGCGCUGCGCUCCGUCGCCGACGUCUCGUCCUGCACCAUCAGCUGCAGGGAGCUCAACGGCGACGUGCGCCUCAUCGUCACGCAGAGCCUCACCGAGUUCACCAAGAUGCUCCAGAUCGCCAUCGGCUUCAUCAGCAAGAUGAAGUCGGAGCCAAAGCCACCGUCGGAGCCACAGCCACCGCCGACGCGGACCACGCCAUGA